GUCUGCGUUCAAAAGGCCGAUGUGUAAGAUAUCUAUACUUGCCCGAUUAUAGCUUCUGGCACUAGUUCUGACACUGUCACAGUUACAUGUUUGACGAACCGUCUUCUUAUCUUGAUGUUAAGCAGCGUCUCGCUGCCGCCCGUACCAUCCGAGAGCUCCUACGACCCGAUGACUAUGUUAUUGUUGUUGAGCACGAUUUGGCCGUCCUUGACUACCUUUCCGAUUUUGUUUGUUUGCUUUAUGGAAGACCCGCUGUUUAUGGUGUUGUUACAUUGCCUGCUUCCGUUCGUGAAGGUAUCAAUAUCUUUUUGGAUGGUCAUAUCCCAACCGAGAACCUGCGUUUCCGAGACGAAUCUCUCACCUUCCGUCUCGCCGAAACAGGUGAUGAAUUCCUUGUUGACAAGGGCCGUUCUUUCAGCUACCCUAGUAUGGAGAAGACCCUUGGUAACUUCCACCUGAAGGUUGAUGGGGGUAGGUUCACGGAUUCCGAAAUUGUCGUCAUGAUGGGAGAGAAUGGUACUGGCAAGACCACCUUCUGUAAGAUGCUCGCUGGCGCCGAAAAGCCCGAUAACGAUAUCUCGGUGCCUAAGUUGAACAUCAGCAUGAAGCCUCAAAAGAUCACCCCUAAGUUCCAAGGCACUGUCCGUCAGCUGUUCUUCAAGCGUAUCAAGGCUGCUUUCUUGUCGCCGCAGUUCCAGACCGAUGUUUACAAGCCUCUCAAGAUGGACGAUUUCAUCGACCAGGAAGUUCAGAACCUGUCUGGUGGUGAAUUGCAGCGUGUCGCCAUCGUCCUGGCGCUCGGAAUGCCCGCUGACAUUUACCUGAUCGACGAGCCUAGUGCUUAUCUUGAUUCCGAGCAGCGUAUCGUGGCCGCCAGAGUUAUCAAGCGUUUCAUUAUGCACACCAAGAAGACCGCUUUCAUUGUCGAGCACGAUUUUAUCAUGGCUACUUAUCUUGCUGACAAGGUUAUUGUUUUCGACGGCAAGCCCUCUAUUGACGCACACGCCAACGCUCCCGAGUCUCUAGUCACUGGCUGCAACACUUUCCUGCGUAACUUGGAUGUUACCUUCCGUCGUGACCCCAACAGUUACCGCCCUCGUAUCAACAAGUACCAAAGUCAAAUGGACCAGGAGCAGAAGCUGAGCGGCAACUACUUCUUCUUGGAGGGAGAGAAUUGAAAAGGUUGUCCCAGGGAAGCGUGACCGCGGCCAUCGUAACAAGAAUGAUGAUCGCGAUUCCCACCAGCGGCAAGAUCGACGUCGCGGGAAACGGAG